AUGAGCAAUAGUAAAUCUCCAACAUAAACUGAAGCUCUUCCCUAAAUAUAAUACAUCAAAUUAAAAUAGUUGUCAAAACAACGUAAAGUAAAUUUUAAUGUGAUGCUAUCUUUACCUGUAACUUAUAAUCUAACUUAAGUAUUUACUUAAAGAUUAGCAGCUUGAAAAUAGAAAAGACACUAUUGCAAUCUUUAAAAAAAGAAAACAAGAAGCUAAUGCAUUUAGCAAAAAUAAACCAUAACUUUUAAACAAUGGGAGGAUUCAUUUUUCAGAAUUUUGGUCAGAAAAAUAUUAAUGUAUUACUUUAAAAGAUUCCAAAAUCAACUAAGAUCUCAAUAAAUAUAGAUAAAUAAUAAAAAGCAAUAUAAAAGACUAUUUAUUUAGAUAUGAAAAAUAAGUUAAAGAUUAAUUACAAUAAGUGAGAGAGUAUUUAAAUUUUGUUAUUUUAGCCAAAAUUAUACAGAGCCAACAAAAAAUUUUGAAUCUGAUGAUGAAACUGUUUAACAUUUUGAUUUUCAAAAAUAAAAACUUUUAACAAAACAUAAUACAGAAGCAGAUUUAUUAGCAUAAUAUCAGAAAAGCCAGGAUUUAUUUAAAAAACCUUAUAUGAGAUACUUAAAUAAAAGUACAAGCAGAGAAGUAAAAAAAGAUUAUAUUCUUAAAUUGGAAGAUAUGAUGAACAAAUGUGAUGAUUUUAAAUAUAAAUAUCUAACAGAAGAGUAAGAAAACUAUAAUAAAUAUUAGAAAAAUCAAUCUAAAACGAUUCAGUCAAAAUUCUUUAGCAAAAAAAUUUAUAAUAAAUUAAACCACAAAUUCAAGCAGAAGCAAUUUUUGA